AAUGCUUCUACUGGGCAGUGAGAAGAAGUCAUGUUUUUCACCUGCUACCAUGCAGAGCAGCUCUGUGACAAUCACUGCGUAGGAUCAAUAUGGAGGUAAUACCAAGUAGCUCUUUUGUUGGGAGUCUGUCAAUCUGACAUAGCAAACCACCUUCACUGAUGGCCUGUGUGGAGAGAAAUAACAAAAUCAUGUUCGAUUUGGUGCGACAGCCAGGCAACACCUUUUGUGCUGACUGUGGAGUUCCUGAUCCUGACUGGGCCUCAUACACUCUUGGUAUCUUUGUGUGCCUGAACUGCUCGGGGAUUCAUCGUAAUUUGCCUGCUGUCAGCAGAAUGAAAUCCAUACGUCUGGAUCACUGGGACGAUUCACUAGUAGAGUUCAUGCAGGAAAGAGGAAAUACUGUAGCCAAAGCCAUAUUUGAGAAGUGUGUCCCUGCCUUCUUCUACCAGCCGCUACAGAAAGACUGCAUGGUUCUCAAGGAUCAAUGGAUCCGUGCAAAGUAUGAAAGAAGAGAAUUCACAGGAGAAAACGAGUUAUUUAAGCAAGCUUAUUGCUCAGAACUGUUUGAGUCAACUCUAUGGAAAAAGGGCAAAGACAACAAGCAGUUUUUAAAGAGGAUCUUCCAGCUGUCCCAGAAAGACUUCACCCUUCGAUACUUUAUUAAAGAGGAUUCCAAGCUACCCAAAGUUAUCAUCUCCAUGAAGGACCUGAAUGCAGUUUUUCAGCCAGAGAAGAUUGGUCACAAUCACGGUCUGCAGAUAUCCUACGUGCAUGGGGAACGCACCAGGAAUCUGUUUGUUUAUCACGAGAAAGGACAGGUGAUUGUGUCCUUGUUCAACGCUAUUCGGGCAACACGCUUGGCCUACCUGCAGAGGAAACACCCCACUCUUCGAGAUAAUGAUUUAAUACCCCAGUUAACAAGAUAUUGCCUGAAGGAGGGGUACAUGGAGAAAACUGGGCCGACGCAUCGGGAGCCAUUCAAGAAGAGGUGGUUCACACUGUGCUCCAUGAACAGGAAACUUCUGUAUUCUAAAAAUCCCCUAGAUGCAACAGAGCUGGGUGCUGUCUUCAUCGGCACGGAGAGCCACAGCUACUCUGCUUCAGAGAGCAUCGGGCGGAGUUCGAGGGGCGGCCGGUGGAACUGUGGCAUCAUGUUGCAAACUCCGGACAGGCAGUAUGUGUUUAUGUGUGAGCAGCAUCAGGAGCAGAAGGAGUGGCUGGAGGCCUUCAGAAAGAUCAUCUCCCAACCCAUGACCCCAGAGGACUACGCUAAUGAAGCCAACAUGAGGAGAGGAAAAUGACUUGAUCAGCUCUACUUGCUGGUUUGCAUGAGUUUAGGAUCCUUAAUUACUGUAUUGGGACCUA